AUGGAAGAAGUACGUACUGCAUAUGGAAAAACGAAUUUAAAUUCAGUAAUCUCAACAUUAUUACCCACAUCAUCCUCAACAACAACAACAACAGUAAACACUCAAUUAAAUACUCAUCGAAACGAAGCUAUUCAACAAGCAGAUGUUUCUUCUUCACGUCCCGCACUACUGGCACAUGAUGUGCUCGGACCAUUAUUAUUUGAAGCACUUGAUGGAUUCUUCUUCACAAUUAAUCACAAUUCUGAAAUUGAUUUUGUAAGUGAUAAUGUAUCACAAUAUCUAAAAUUUACUCAGGAAGAACUAGUUGGUCGCAGUUUUUAUCACUGUGUACAUCCAGGCGAUGUUGGUGAAUUUGAUAAAGCAUGGAGAAUAUCAGAGAAAUGUGCAGGAGAUGAGGGAAACGAAAAUAACAACGAAAAUCAAUCACGUGGUAGAACAUUUCUUUGUCGUAUAAGAGCAAAUGAUGGUACAAAAGAUUCAAAUGAACAAUCGUCUAAUAAUCGCUCAACGACUUAUGUCAAUAUGCUUGUUUCUGUUGCUUUACAUUAUGAUUCAUCUGGUAGUGAUCGAUUAUGUUUGGCAUGUAUAGCGAGGCGACCGUUAGAAAAAUUUGAUAAACCAGCCGUAUUGGGUUUAGAUCAAUUUUCGUCACGUAUUAAUCUUAAUUUUGAUAUACAAUGUUUUGAUUGCAGUCAUAUGAAAGGUGAAAAAAUAAAUCAAGAUUUUCAAGGGAAAAAUUUCAAAGAUUAUGUGCAUGUGAAUGAUGUAGCCCAUGUGAUACGACAUUUUCAAGAUGUUAUUGAAAAUGGAGAAGCAAAAAGUCCAGUGUAUCGUUUUCGAUUGCACGAUGGUGCCUAUGCGUUUGUAAAUACUAGAAGUAAAUUAUUUUCAAAUCAGACAGCAACAUCAACAUCAGAUUCUAUACUUUCGACACACACUAUCAUUCGUUUAAUUGAAAAUUCAAAUGAUUUACAUGGAAAUGCAAGUACGCGUUUAAUGAAAUCUAUCAUCAGUUCAACACAUGAACUUGCCAAACAAACACAACAACAAAAACGAAUAGAACAACAACAGCAACAAAUUCAAAUUCAAAAACGACAACAGCCCAUUGGCACUCAGUUUGCAUUAACGAUGCUUGGUGUGCAUCAAAAUACUGUCACAAAUCUAUUAUCAUCGUCGUCGAAUCAACAAUAUUUACAGCAUACAUUAGGAAAUUUAAUUGAAGUUCAAAACUCACUGCAGCAACAGCGUCAAGAAUUAUCAAUGGCCACCACACCAACACCAUUACUAAAUAUUAAUGAACAGAAACAAUCACCAAAUGCUCUUUCAUCACCAACAACACCUCAAUCACAAUCUUCAUUUUCAUCAUUAGCACGAGUACUUGGAUCGAGAACACUCGAUAGUGUAUCUUCAACAAAUAGCGUUGAAUUUGGUGGAAAACGUAUGACUCGUCCAUCCAAUGACAGUUCAAACAUACCAUCUGUGCAUUCACCUGUGACAUUCGACUUACUGCUUAAGACAUCAUUAUCUACUACUGCCACAUCUACAUCUAUUUUUGCAUCACCUUCGCCAUCGAACAUAACAGUGACUUCUUCGUUAAACUCAUCUUUAUCUUGUCCUUCUCCUUCAACGUUAACUAGUACGAGUUCACCAUUAACAAUCCCAACAAAUGAUUCGUAUUUGCAUACAACGGAUGUGUAUACAUCCACAACCACUUCGACCUCAAACCACAGUACAAUGCCUAUCAGCUGUUCCAGUGGACAACGUCACUCGAUGCGUUUAAGGCAAUUAUUAGGCGAAAGAAAUAUUCCUUCGUCACCAAAUUCUACUAACUCUGUACCAUCCAGUCCACAGUCGAGUACAAUUCAUUAUCAUAAAUCGCCCAGUAACAAUAUAACGCCAUCAUCAUGUUCAGGAAAACAGAAUAUAACAAUCGAUGAAUUACUUCAAGCUGAAAGUCCAACAACCACUACUCAGACAUCGCCACAGGAGACGCUAAGUGCAGGAACCAAGCGUCGACGAUAUCAUAGUGGAAAUAUAUUUAGUUCAUUAAAUAAUUCUGAUGCAUUACUAAAACAAAUACUGGCAAAAAAAUCGACGACUGUCACAACAACACCAUCAACAUUAACUAAUACUUCUUCUCAAUUAAAUAUAAAUAACGAGUCAUCAUCAUCGUCGCCUGCUUCAACAACAUCAUCGAUAUCUGGUGCUAAAGUAUCACAAACAAUUAAAACGGAACCAAACGCCAAUGAUGAUAACAUAACUGGCUCAAAGCCAAUAAGGAAAGAUCGAAAUGACGUUUUUCUCCGCACAUUGCUCAAUGAUGAAGUUCGACCACAAAAAGUGGUUGUCGAAGCACCAUUUGUUUAUGGAUCAAGAUAUAAAGCAAAUAGCAAUGGAAAUGGACAUGGAAAUGGUAAGGGUUUAACAAUUUUCUCAUUAUCUUGUCCGAACCUGAGAAGUCAAACAUCAGUGUGCCAUUUAGAUGAAAAUGCCGUUUCCAUGAACAAAAACCAACGACGUAAUCCUCAAACACAUGACCAUCAUCAGCGAGCCGUUGUAGCAUCGCCGACGUCUAAUUCAACAAUAAAAAAAGAACCAAGAUUGGAUGAUAAUAAUUCAUCUUUAAGCGACAUCCAAGAUAUUGUAUCGACAACAACAAAUGAAGCACCCGAUUCAGUUAUAUCAGAUACAUUAGCCAGUCCAUCGUUAGAAUCAUUAUUAUCCGAUUCAUUUCAACAUGAUUCUCAUCAAUCAAUAUCACAAAAACAACGUACAAGUUUAAAACAACCAUUAAAACGUUCGUUGGAACAUGAAGAUGCAGCAUCGGGACGGAAACAACAGAAACUUCUACCACAAUUACUUACUGAUGAUAAGCAAGUGGUUAUAAAAACAGAAUAUAAAGAGCAGCAACAACAACAACAACAUCCAGAUAAAACAACAUUGGCAAGGAAUAAGUCUGAACAUUUAGCAACGGAAUCGGACAGAUAUGAUUAUGAUAAUAUAAAUACUCAGUUAUCCACAUCAGCUCGUGGUCAGUCAUCGACUACAAAUUCAUCAUCAAAUAUAUUACGUUCUCUAAUAAAAACUCCACAUACGCCUGCAGGGACAUCUGCAACAAUCAGCAAGAAAGAUGAACCAUUGUAUGAACUAUUGCAGAAUCUUGAAGCACCAGAUUUAUGUUUCUUACAAACAUUACCGUUGACAGCUUCAUCUAGCACAUCGAAUAGUAAUCAAAAUACAAUAAUAACGACAACGAUGAAUAAUAAUAAUAAUAAUAGUGAAAGUUUAUUUCAUUAUACGCCGUCUGUGACAACAACAAGAACAGCAACAACAACUUCAAACGAUGAUUGUUUAGCAUUGUUAUUAAGUACAUCACACAACCAAAAUGAUUUUAAUUUUUUACAAAAAACAUCAAUCUCAAAACAAUCAAUGAAUAAUAAUAAUAAUAACAAUACUAAUAAUUAUAGUCAACAGAAUAAGAUCAAUAGUAUAAUGAACGAUCUAUUUCCAGUUAUCACAACCACCACUACCAUAACUUCCACCACUACAACCACAGCAAACAACAACAACAACAACAACAUUACAUCAAGUUCAAAUAAUGAAUUUAGUUCUCUAUUCGAUAAUAAUGAUUUCUUAGAGUGUUUAAAUGAUUCAACUGCUAUUGAUUUUCUUUUACAAAAUUCGUCUAGUGUAUUAGAUGCUGAUCCAUUAUUAUUGUCAUCUGUGAGCAAUACCAAUAGUGAUCUGAUUACAAUAAAAGAUGUAAACGAGCAGAAAGCAAUUAAUGAAAUAGCUAAAAGUUUGAUUGAUACUACGUUUCCUAUGCCAAAUUUUGGUGCAUUAACCGGUGAUCCUUCUUUUUCAAAUGAAAUGCCAAGAAAUCGUAUUGCUCCGUCAGCUUCGUCAAGAAAUGGAUUGGAAGAAAUGCAAACAAAAUUUCGACCACAACAACAACAACAACAACAGUCCUUCUCUACUCAACUACCACCUUCAACAGGAACAUACCAGUAUCCUCAAAUGAACAACACAUUUUUAGUCGAUGAUGGAUUAUCAUUGGAUAGUGGUUCGGUGCCAAACAUAUCACUGUCGCCGUUAUCGAAUACUUUCUUACCAUCACAACAGCCUCAACAACAUCUGAAUCGUCAAACAUCAAUCGACGGCAUAAUUGGUGGUUAUCCAAAUAUUUCCAUGAGACCAUCACAUGUUCAACAUCAUCAUCAACAACAGCAACAGCAAUUGCCAUCACAAACUAAUCCGUUUUAUCACCAUAAUCCUAAUAGAACAUCACACAUUUCUUAUUCUUCAUCGGUACCAUAUAACAAUAUACCUAGUCAAUUUCUACCACCAAAUCAAGUUGUUGGACCGAAUAUGAUGUUUCAACAAACACCGUCUAAUAACAGUCAACAGCGAUCAUCACAAACUCAAAAUAAUUUUAUGGCUCAUCAAACGUUUAUGCAACAACAACAACAUCAACAGCAACAGUCACAAAUGCAAAUGGAUCAACAACAACAGCAGUGGAAUAAUCCUCAACAUAAUGUUCAGUUACAUAUGUCAAUGAAUGUUGUAUUGCCAAAUAUUGGAUCCAAAUCCAAUUCUGCUUGUGUUUACGAUCGAUCAUCUAGAGGCAGUCAACAGCGUAUGCCAUCAGUAACACCAACAGGUUUAAAUAAUUCAUUUAAUUCUAAUGAUCCGAUGUCAAACAUGUCUCCACAAUUACCGGGUCUUAGUGUCGGUACACCAGAUUUUGUCCAUAUACCACAUUCACGAGGCUCGCCGUCCACAUCUCAGUCAUCUUCUACCAUUCAAAUUCAACAACAGCAAACGUCAAAUACGUUUUCAAAUCCACUAGAUGCAUUAAACAUGCUUAAUCACGAUGAAACAUUUCUAAAUCAAAACAAUUCUCUAUCACAAUCACAACAAUCGCAGAUUCAUCAGGGAUAUCCAAAUAUGAGUGUGAAUGUAUCAGCUACAAUACAAAAUCCUCACAACUCAAAUGAUUUAAUGAGGCCGGUUGGUUUAUCUGAUGUACAAUCAUGUCGUCAAUCAGAUGAAUUACAAAAUCAAUUAAUAAAUAGUUUAAGUUUUCAACCACAACCAUAUACACGUGAAUUUGUACGAAAACAAUUGCAAAAUACAAUUAAUAGUCGACAAAAACCUAGUAAAGACAUGCAAAAUAAAGGUGAGAAUAAAAGCAUAGGCUCACCCAAUCCAAACACUUUUUCUAUUCAAUGUAAUAAUAAUGUACCAAAUCCACUAUCAAAUAACUUGGAGCCAAAUCAGAAAGGUGCUUAUUUUCGAAAUCAACUGUCAAAUUCACGAACACAAUCGUGUAGACAACCAAAAAAUUCAUCCGUAAGUUACAUACUACAGAUAAAAAUUGACUAG